CGCCCGCCCUCUGCCCGGCCGCGCUCAGGUGGGGCGACGACGGAUCCGCCGGGGGCCUCUCGCCCCCCUCCAUGCUCACUUCUGAGCCUGCUCGUCGGUACUCCCGUGGGCUGCGCUGUUUCGCUCCUCCUGCCUCAGUCUCCCCAGCUCUCCUCCGUGCCUCUGCGGCCAGUCCCUCCCAGAUGUCGCCCUCUGGUUGUCUGUGCCUCCUCACCAUCUUCGGGCUGAUUCUCCCCACCAGAGGACAGACAUCGAAGGAGGCCACAUCCACUUCUCUAGCAGACCCAACUACUGAGGAGAUUCGGGUGCAGACUGAAGCCCCAGGCACAGACUACACGGAGCUCCAGCCCACCCCUCAGACCGGCGUAGAAACGACGCCGCCGAAGGAGGUGGAAACGGAGACCCAGACCCAGCCACUGCCGGGGCCCGAGGCGCAUCCAACCACAGACCGGGGGAAGGACAGGAGCCGCACGGAAGGCACCACUCUCUCCAAGAGACGAACCCCCGGCAACGAUGUGAGGACGGACUCUGCCCUCCAGCCAGCAGCUUCCAGUGAGGACGACCCCUUCUUCUAUGACGAGGACACUCUCCGGAAGCGGGGGCUCCUGGUUGCGGCUGUGCUGUUUAUCACGGGCAUCGUCAUCCUCACCAGUGGCAAAUGCCGGCAGUUGCCCCGCUUGUGCCGGAAUUAUAACAGGUGAGUCCAUCGGAAGCGGGGCCAACGACCGAUGGGCAUCCGGAGACCAGCCCCGCGGCUGCCUCCCCUGCACAGAGCCUGCGCAAUGGUCAGGAAUGGCCAGCUGAGAGGGACGACAUGACAGCCGAGCCCCUGACCCCUGCCCUGCCCACCCUGAAGGCAGCCGGUCCCUGGCGCGGCCCCAAGUGAUCUGUUCUCUCCCCAUGACAAGUAAAGCACUGUGGUCCUGCCCCCUGAUCUUGGUCAUCGUGACUGACAGAGGAGGACAGCAAGGGGUCGCAUUCUCACAGCCAAGGGGGGCGGGGGACAGUGAAGGAGCCAGCGUGCAUCGUGAGGUGGGAGGGGCGGGAGUGGCCCGCAGGGGCCCUGGCCACGGAGGGGUCAGCGCUGGAUCCUGCCUGUGGCUGCUUGAGACCCCAGACAGGUCCCCUCGCAGAGCCUGGGGCCAAGGCCAGCUCACCCCGACAACCCGUGGUUGUGUUGGUCACUGCGAGCACAAAGGGAGGUCCCCGGCCCACGAUGGCCCCCCUUGCCGCACAUUUGGGUCCCUCCAGCACUGCGAGGGGGCUCGCACAUGGGAGUGUGGACACCCUGCCUGCCCAUCCGAGCUCCCGAGCUC